AUGUCCGCGGCCGCGGAGGAGGGGCCGAGAAGGGCGAAGCCAGCGGCGGCGGCGGCGGAUAAAGGUGAUCUGUUCCACGUCGUCCACAAGGUCCCCGCCGGCGAUAGCCCCUACGUCCGGGCAAAGCACCUCCAGGUAGGGGAACGAUUUUGAGGAGCUGUUCGCCGGGAUCCCUGUCACUUUCCUCCUCCAUCUUUCCAGAUCUGUGGUUUUUCUGGUCGGGAGAAUCUGUUCGUUUUCCAUCUAUCUUUCGCGCCGUUUCUAUUCGGUAGGGACGGAAUGUCGCGGGAACUUAUUGCGCGGGGAAUCUUCCGCUUCAUCUCCUUCCUAAUUGAAUUGCGAAUAUGUGAGGUUCUUGCUUCGGUAGAAAAGAAAACGAAGAGGAUCCGUGAUUUCAUGUAACCAAUUAUUCGUAGAUUGUUACGUCAGUUCAAUCAGGAAAAAUCGCUAAAUCAUAUAGUUCCCAUCAUGAUCGAGUGAAGUUCGCGUCUCCGAUCUUAUGUUACUAUUAAAGUGUCGCAGAUUCAGGCCUAUCCCUGAUUUAAUUUCCCACAUGUGUAUGACAUAUAUUCUUCCCCCGUCUAGGGACAGUACUUUCCCUUGCAGGGUGGAGACCGAGGAAGACGACAGGUACGAAGUUUCGUGUUGCGACGAUUUACUGUCGCGAUCUAAAACGUGGUACAUGGGAGAAAGUAUUCCCUUUCUCUGCAAGCGUACCAAGAGUCUGAUUUCCGGCUUUAUAAACGUUUUAUGAGGAUUUUUUGUUUUCGCUCGUUUAAGUUUGCUUGUACGACCAAGAGCACCCACUGAGGCCAUGGAUCACAGCUUUCCGCCUAGUCAUUAUCGAUAAUUGAUCUCCCAUGCACGCGCAAACUAGUAUAUCGGGCGACUGCUCCAUGAUUUCGUGCUUCUGUUGAUACCGACGGAUAUUGAAGAAGUUAUCUUCUACUCCAGCUGGUGGACAAGGAUCCUGCGGCUUCGAUCGUCUGGUUUUGGAAAGCGAUCAACGCGGGAGACCGGGUGGACAGCGCGCUGAAGGACAUGGCCGUGGUGAUGAAGCAGCUGGACCGGGCGGAAGAGGCCGUGGAGGCCAUCAAGUCCUUCCGACACCUCUGCUCCAAGCAGGCCCAGGAGUCCUUGGACAACGUGCUCAUCGACCUGUACAAGGUACUGGCUUUACAGCCCAUGGUCGCCGCCGAAUCCAUGCAGGGAUCUCGUCUUCGUCGUUGCUGACUGUGUGGGUAUCCAGAAAUGCGGUAGAACCGAGGAGCAGAUCGAGUUGCUGAAGCACAAGCUGAAGAUGAUAUACAUGGGGGAGGCAUUCAACGGGAGGACAACCAAGACCGCCCGUUCCCACGGGAAGAAAUUCCAGGUCUCCAUCAAACAAGAAACCUCCCGGAUUCUGGUCAGUAUCUACGUUCCCAUCGCCUCCCUCUCCUCCCCAUCACCGCCAUCUCUUCUCCGAGCUGAUCUUGGCUUCUUCCUUGUGGUACCCGGCGAUCCGAUCAGGGCAACCUGGGCUGGGCGUACAUGCAGCAGAAGAACUACGUGGCAGCGGAGGUGGUCUACUGCAAGGCGCAGGAGAUAGAACCCGACGCCAACAAGGCCUGCAACCUCAGCCUCUGCCUCGUGCGGCAGCGCCGCUACGAGGAGGCCCGAGCCAUCCUCGACGACGCCCGCGGCACAUGGCUGCCGGGCUCCGACGACCCCAAAAUCCUGAAGCGGGUCGAGGAGCUGCUCCACGAGAUCGACUCCCUCUCGCCGCCAUUCCUCUCCCUCCCCUCCGAGGAAGACCUGAUCGGCCGGGUGGAGCUCCUGACCACCGAAUGGUCCUCCUCCCCCGUCAGCAGGUCCAGGCGCCGGCUCCCCAUCUUCGAGGAGAUCUCCACCUUCAGAGAUCAUCAGAUAGCCUGCUAG